AUGGUAGUGAGACUCUGUACAAGGAAGGAUGGUAGUCAAUGCAGUGAAAACUUCAGCCGGAUUCCAAAUCAUAAUGAAAAGAAGGAAACUCCUCCUGAAAUGAAACUACCUAAAUCCAGGUGUAGGCAAAUAUUCAUGCAUUAUUUAUCGUUGAAUAACCACUUGAGCUCUCACAUUGGACCCAAACUGUACCUGUGUCAGGAAUAUGAAGAAAACCCUUAUAAAUGUAAGGAAACUGAGAAAGCUUUUAAGCAUCAUCAACAUAUUAGAAGCCAUGAAGUCAGCCUCAGUGGGAAAGCUUUCCAGUAUUCAACUUCCCUUAGAAAUUAUGAAAGAACACAUAUUGCUGGGAAUCUGUAUGAGUGUGUGCAAUGUGGGAAAGGCUUUAGUCAUCUCAUUUCCUUUAAACUUCACAAAAACACUCAUACCGGAGAGAAACCACAUCAAAGUAAGCAAUGUGGCAAAGCUCUCAGUUCUCCCAAGUACUCCGGAGAUAAUGAAAGAACACACACUGCAGAAAAGGACUAUCAAUGUCAGAAAUCUGGAAAAGCUUUAAGUUCCACUUCUCUUAGAAAUCAGGAAAGAACACACACCAGUGAGAAACCUUAUGAAUGUGGAAACGUCUUCCGUUGGCUCAGCUCUCUUGAAAAAUAUAAAAGAAGUUAUGCUGGAAAGAAGCCUCAUGAAUGUAAGGAAUGUGGUAAAACAUUCCGUCGUCGCUAUGCCCUUAUAAUUCAUCAAAGAAUGCACACUGGGGAAAAACCAUAUGAAUGUAAGCUUUGUGGUAAAGUUUUCUCUUAUUCAACUUCCCUCCAAAAUCAUAAAAGAACUCAUACGGGGGAAAAACCCUAUGGUUGUAAGCAAUGUGGAAAAGCCUUCAGUUGUCCAAAGUCUUAUCGAGAGCAUCAUCGGACACAAUGUGGAGAAAAGCCCUAUGAAUGUAAGCAAUGUGGGAAAGCUUUCAUAUUUUCCACUUCUCUUCGAAACCAUGAAAGAAUACAUACUGAGAAGAAACCGUAUAAAUGUAAGCAAUGUGGGAAAAUCUUUAGUUUGUACAGCUCUCUUGGAUAUCAUAAAAGAAUUCAUGAUGGAAAGAAGCCUCAUGAAUGUAAGGAAUGUGGUAAAACAUUCCAUCAUCCCUUUUCCCUUAGAAAUCAUGAAAGAACUCAUACUCGGGUCAAACACUAUGAAUGUAAGCAUUGUGGAAAAGGUUUCUAUUAUCAAUCUUCUCUACAAGAUCAUGAAAGAACUCAUACUGGGGAAAAACCCUAUAAAUGUAAGGUUUGUGGUAAAGUUUUCUCUUAUUCAACUUCCCUUCAAUAUCACGAAAGAAUGCAUAGCGGGGAAAAACCGUAUCAAUGUAAGGAAUGUGGGAAAGCCUUCAUUUCUCCAAGCUCUCUUGGAAAACAUAAAAGAAGUCAUGAUGGAAAGAAGCCUCAUGAAUGUAAGGAAUGUGGUAAAACAUUCUAUGAUCGAUAUUUCCUCCGAUUUCAUGAAAGUAUUCAUACUGGGGAAAAACGUUAUGAAUGUAAACAUUGUGGUAAAGCUUUCUCUUAUCCAUCUUCCCUCCGAAUUCAUGAAAGGACUCAUAAUCAGGAAAAACCCUAUGCAUGUAAGCAAUGUGGGAAAGCUUUCAGAUGUUCCAAAUAUCUUAGAAAUCAUGAAAGAAUGCAUACAGGGGAGAAAUCAUAUGAAUGUAAGCAAUGUGGGAAAGCUUUCAGUACUUCCAGUUCUCUUGCAACACAUAAAAGAAAUCAUGACGGAAAGAAGCCUCAUGAAUGUAAGGAAUGUGGUAAAACGUUCCUUUAUCCCUCUUUGCUUAGAAUUCAUGAAAGAAUGCAUACUGGGGAAAAACCCUAUGAAUGUAACCAUUGUGGUAAAGCUUUCUCUUAUCCAACUUCCCUCCAAUGCCAUGAAAGAACUCAUAAUAAGGGAAUACCCUAUGAAUGUAAGCAAUGUGGGAAAGCCUUCAGUUCUGUCAGCUCUCUUGGAAAACAUAAAAGAAGUCAUGACGGAAAGAACCCUCAUGUAUAUAAGGAAUGUGGUAACACAUUCCAUGAUUUAUAUCACCUCCGACUUCAUGAAAGUAUUCAUACUGGUGAAAAACCUUAG